AUGUCCUCCCGCAUCGCCCUCCCCGUCGUCCACCCGCGCACCAGAAAGAUGCAGCACCUCCAGGAUGAGACGCUGCGGGAGAGCCUGCAGAGCCCCGAUGACUUCUGGGCGCGCCAGGCCGAGCAGCUGCACUGGCACAAGAAGCCCGACGCUACCCUGCGUACUUUUGACAGGACCGUCGACGGCGGCGGCGACGACGACGACGGCAGCACGUACCGCUCGUGGGAGUGGUUCCCCGGCGGCGAGCUGUCCACCUGCUACAACUGUGUCGACCGGCACGUGCUCGCCGGCCGCGGCGACGAUGUUGCCAUCUACUACGACAGCCCCGUCACCAAGACCAAGGCUCGGUACACAUACAAGCAGCUCCUCGACGAGGUCGAGACGCUGGCUGGCGCCCUACGCCAAGAAGGCGUCAACAAGGGUGACGUCGUCAUGCUGUAUAUGCCCAUGAUACCUGCUGCCAUCAUCGGCAUCCUGGCCAUCAACCGCCUCGGCGCCGUCCACUCGGUUGUCUUUGGCGGCUUCGCCGGCAACGCCCUCGCCCAGCGCAUCGACGCCUGCCGACCCGUGCUGCUGCUCACUGCGUCGUGCGGCAUCGACGGCUCCAAGCCGCCGAUCCCGUACCGGCCGCUCGUCGAGGAGGCCCUGCAGCGUGCCGCCCACCCGCCGCGGCGCACCAUCGUCUGGCAGCGCGAGGAGCUGCGCUGGGGCAAGACGGACCGCGUGCGCCAGUCGUCGUGGCAGAAGUGGGUGCGCAGCGCCCGGGACCGCGGCGUCCGCGCCGACUGCGUGCCCGUCGGCAGCGGCGACCCCGCGUACGUGAUCCACACGUCCGGCACGACGGGCGCGCCCAAGGGCGUGCGCCGCGACAGCGCGGGCCAUGCGGUCGGUCUCAACCUGUCUAUCCGGUACCUGUUCGGCAUCCGUGGCCCCGGCGACGUCAUGUGCACGGCGUCGGACGUCGGCUGGGUGGUCGGCCACUCCUACAUUGUCUACGCGCCGCUGCUGGCCGGCGCGGCCACGGUGCUCUACGAGGGCAAGCCGGUCGGCACACCGGACGCGUCGGCGUUCUGGCGUCUCGUUGAGGAGUACAAGGUGAACGCGCUCUUCACGGCGCCGACGGCGCUGCGCGCGGUGCGUCGGGACGACCCGGAUAACCGGUGCCUGGCGGAGGUGGGCCGCCGCGGCGGGCUGCGCUCGCUGCGCGCGCUGUUCCUCGCGGGCGAGCGCUCCGAGCCGAGUCUCAUCUCCGCGUACCAGGCGCUGCUGGACGAGCACGCGGCGCCCGAGGGCGCGCACGUCAUCGACAACUGGUGGUCGACCGAGGUGGGCUCGCCAAUGACGGGCCGGGCGCUGGCGCCGCACGCCGCGCGGGAGAUCCGCGCGCAGCCUCCUCGCGGCUACCGACCGCCGGAGAUCCGGCCGGGCAGCGCCGGCAAGGCGAUGCCGGGCUUCGACAUCCGCGUCGUCGACGACGAGGGCAACGAGGUGCCGCGCGGCGGCAUGGGGAACAUCGUGCUGGGCAUGCCGCUGGCGCCGACGGCGUUCAGCACGCUCUGGGGCGACGAGGCGCGCUUCUACAGGAGCUACCUGAAGAGGUUCGGCGGGCGGUGGAUGGACACGGGUGACGCGGGGCUGAUCGACGACGAGGGCUACGUGCAUGUCAUGAGCCGCAACGAUGACGUGCUCAACGUGAGCGCGCAUCGGUUGUCCAGUGGCGCCAUCGAGCAGGCUGUCUCCUCGCACCCGCUGGUGGCCGAGUGCUGCGUGGUGGGCAUCCCCGACGCGCUCAAGGGCCAGCUGCCGUUUGCCUUUGUGACGCUGUCGACGCACCCGCACCCUCCGUCGGCGGUCCCCGACGAGGCGCUGACGCGGGAGGUGCAGGCGCUGGUGCGGGCGCAGGUGGGCGCGAUCGCGACGCUCGGGGGCGUGGUGCAGGGCCGCGGCAUGAUCCCGAAGACGCGCUCGGGCAAGACGCUGCGGCGGGUGCUGCGGGAGCUGGCGGAGAACGCGACGCGCGGGGCGUUGGAGAGGCCGGUGGCGGUGCCGAGCACGGUGGAGGAUGCGGCAGCGGUGGAGGUGGCGAGGGAGAAGAUCAGGGAGUACUUUGCGGCGGAGGGGCACGGGGGGGGGGGGAUGUGGAGAGGAGGGGAUGUCAAGGCUACGGUUCAUGGACGAUGA